AUGUCUAAAGCAUUGGCUCUUGUGGUGGUGUUAUUUUUUGUGUUAUUUUGUGGAAAAUGCUAUGGGGAACUUAGAGUUGGAUUCUAUGAAGGAAAAUGUGGUAAGACAAAUGUUGAAGGUGUUGUCCAAAAUGUUGUAGAAACAUGGCAUUUUGAAGAGAAGGAAAAGGAUAUUGCAGCUGCUCUUCUACGUAUGCAUUUCCAUGAUUGCUUUGUUAAGGGUUGUGAUGCAUCUAUUCUAUUGGAUGGACUCACCAGUGAGAGAAAAGCAGUCCCAAAUUCAAGUGUUAGGGGAUUUGGACUCAUUGAUGCUAUUAAAGAAGCUUUAGAAGCAGAAUGUCAAGGUCUAGUUUCUUGUGCUGACAUUAUUUCUAUGGCAACUAGAGAUGCUGUUGUCUUGGCUGGAGGAAAAUGGUAUGAUGUAGAAACAGGACGAAGGGAUGGAGAUGUUUCCUUAGCUUCAAAUGUGAAUCUUCCUGCUGCUACAAUUUCAGUUUCUGAUUCCAUCAAACUCUUUGCAAGCAAAAAUCUUACCCAAUAUGACAUGGUUUAUCUUCUAGGUGGACACACUGUUGGAAUUGCUCGUUGCUCACUCUUCAAAGAUAGAAUAUACAACUUCAAUAAAACUGGUGGUCCUGAUCCAAGCAUGAGCCCAUGGCUAUUGGCUGAAUUAAAGGAUAAAUGUCCUAGAAUUUCAUUAAUAUUUGAUAACACUUAUCCUCUUGAUCAAGAAAUUAAAAAGGGAAAUGGGGUUCUUCAAAUUGAUCAACAAAUAGCAUUGGAUGAAUUGACAAAGAAUAUUGUGGAUGAUAUUGUUAAUGAUCCUGAUUUUUACACUAAGUUUGGUGAGGCCAUGGUGAAAUUGGGUAGAGUUGAAGUAUUAAUUGAUGGUCAAGGAGAAGUGAGGAAAUCAUGUAGGGUUGUUAAUAAGAAGCCAUUUAUUUUUGGAGGGCUCAAUUAG